UUCUACUCUUUGUUCGGUUUGCUCGGAAAAUUGUGUAUUCAAAUAUAAUUGUACAAUGAACAGAUUUCUAAUUUUACUAAUUUGUAAAAUAUAAAUUUGUUAUCAUUGUACGACACCGAAAAAAAAUUGAGAACUCAGUUCAUAUUUUGAUCAAGCUGUUUGAUAAAGCUUUUGACAAUGUGUAAUAUAUGUACAUGUACAUAUAUAUACAUGUACUUUAACUAAAUUCAGUGUUGACAAUAUCCCUAAGUAUUGCCGUUAAGGUAUUAUUAUAUUACAUUUGUUAUACAAUAUGGUAUGGAAAAUUAAUAAAAUCUUUAAGCACGAGUGCCGAAACUAAUAACUCAAUUUAUGUUACUAUUUGUUUUGGUUGUGCAUUCCAACUGUUCGUAAUGUAUGUGCAUAUGUAAAUACAUACAAACUUCUAUAAAUAAUAAAAGUUUUCAAAUUUAUAAGAACCUAAAAAUAUAAAACUUUGAUGCUAUUUCGUGUUCGGAAAGUUCGUUUUAUUUGGUCAGAAUAAUAGGAUUUUUUUAUAAAAGACAGUGCAUGGUCGACAUGAAAUAUUGCGGCAAUAUCGUAAUAAGGCAAAAGUUUGUUUCUUAACUUAUAAAAAAAUUGUGUAUCCUCGGAAAUUAAAAAACAUGAAAUUUAAUAAACUAAACUAAUUUAAAGCAAUCGAAAUAAAAUCGACUUUAAUAACAACUACCAAAGUGGGGUCGCACUAUGGUCGGUUCUCAGGAAAAAAAAAAAAAAAAUCUUUUGGAAUUUUCUGGAACAGCCGCGAUAAACAAAAUUAGCGUAUAUACAGCUGAAAAUAAUAUAAACACAACUCCUCUGGAAAACAUAAAAAUCUCAAAAGCACUUUCACCUUCUACAAUUCCGAUGAUUAACCAAAAUUCCACACAUACUGGUAUUGCUCAAACUAAUAUAGAAAAAUCGAACCGUCAUUUACACCGGGGCAGUGGAUUGCAAUUUUUCAGCAGUAGCUUUGAACCAUCGGGAAUGCUUAAUGAUAGUAAAGACUUGCCCUCGCAGUCAUCAAAUAAUAUUGCCAAUUACCCUGGAGAUGUUCAAAUUUUACCCAUGUUCGAAUGCUGCGAAAUUUCGGAGUCUAUUCAAGCCGUAUCGUUGCCUAAUGUAACAUCAACUUCAAAGAACACAGAUGUUCCUGGCUUGUAUUUGGGUACGAUUUCAGAAAAGUCCAAAUCAAAGUCUGAACCCGAAUGUGAACCUCUAGUUUUAGUCAAAGAAUCUUCAGUAAUGGAAAACCACACAUUUUUAUUUCACGAGCAAAUUAUUAUGUCUGGCCAACAAAAAUGCGAAUUACACGAGAAACCAAAGGUACUGGUCGUUUCCCCUCAACAGGUCAUGAUUUUAUAUAUGAAUAAAUUAACACCCUACGAACGAACAGAAAUACUAACUUAUCCGCAGAUAUAUUUUAUUGGCGCCAACGCGAAGAAGCGUCCAGGGGUCUAUGGCCCCAAUAAUUCUGAGUACGACAAUGAACAAGGCGCUUACAUUCAUGUACCGCAUGAUCACGUGGCAUAUCGGUAUGAAAUGCUAAAGAUAAUCGGAAAAGGUAGCUUUGGACAGGUUAUUAAAGCGUAUGAUCAUAAAACUCACGAGCAUGUUGCCUUAAAAAUAGUGCGCAAUGAAAAGCGGUUUCACCGUCAGGCCCAAGAGGAAAUUCGAAUUCUUCAUCAUUUACGCCGUCACGAUAAAUAUAAUACUAUGAACAUCAUACACAUGUUUGAUUACUUUACUUUUCGCAAUCAUACCUGCAUAACAUUUGAGCUGCUCAGCAUUAAUCUUUACGAAUUAAUAAAAAAAAAUGGAUUUAAGGGCUUCAGUUUGCAGCUGGUGCGAAAGUUUGCACACUCUUUGCUACAAUGUUUGGAUGCACUUUAUAAAAAUGACAUCAUUCAUUGCGAUAUGAAACCAGAAAAUGUGCUACUGAAGCAACAAGGACGUUCUGGUAUAAAGGUAAUUGACUUUGGGUCGUCAUGCUUUGAGAACCAGCGUAUAUACACAUACAUCCAAUCACGUUUUUAUCGCGCUCCAGAGGUAAUUUUGGGGGCAAAAUAUGGCAGAGCUAUCGACAUGUGGUCGUUGGGUUGUAUUUUAGCAGAACUGCUUUCAGGGCAUGCAUUGUUUCCUGGUGAAAACGAAAGCGAUCAGUUGGCUUGCAUUAUUGAGGUUUUAGGAAUGCCCAAUAAAAAUAUACUAGCCAGCUCGAAGAGGUCGAAAUCGUUUUUCAGUCCAAAGGGGUAUCCUCGAUAUUGUACUGUUCGUACCAUGUCUGAUGGAAUGGUGGUCCUAAUCGGCGGACAGUCCCGUCGUGGCAAGCAAAGGGGCCCGCCAUGCUCAAAAAGUCUAUCUAAAGCACUGGAUGGAUGCAAAGAUCCCCUCUUUCUUAAUUUUAUACGUGGUUGCCUUGAAUGGGAUGCAGACAAGCGAUUAACACCUACUGAGGCUCUAAAACAUCCAUGGCUUCGCCGUCGCUUACCGAGACCGCCAAGUAGCUCAAGUGGCUGUGGUGGGGUGAGUGGUUUAAGUGUUAGUAGGAACGAAACACCAGUUACAGGACAAAAUAAGAACUCGGCAGCCGAAAUAACGGCAUCAUCAACGCCUGCCACAUGUAUAUCUUUAACGAUUAAAAGGGAUAAGAGUCAUUCCAGUCUUCGUAUUCACCAUGAUGGUGUUCCAGAAACUGACUUCAAACUUAUAAAGUCCGUUUCAGAAUCAUCAAACGCAACAAUAGAACCUAUGAUGAACACUGAUAUUCUAGUAGAAAGUUUCAGAAAAACUGCAGUUGUAUCACCACGUAUACCACCAAUGCAUUCUGCUGACUCCGGGGGAAUGAGUUGUCUUAGCGCUGUGGAUGUCGGGCCAUCGAGAUAUUAUCCGUAUAUGAAAAACAAUGAAAAUAAGAGGUUAUUCUCAGGCUCGUUAAACAGCUCGGCCAACUCAUUGACACAUUUGGAACAAGCCCCAAACUUAGAUGCUUUAGGAGAAUACUCGGCGUCAACAACACAAAACUUGCUAUCGAAAAAUAAUGGCUACGCGUUAAACUCAGGUUCUAUGACUAUAGAUGUUGCACAAGAGUCUUUGGUUAAUAUAGCUAGCAAUUACGCAUUGGAUAAAUCUAUCGACAUUAUUGAAAAAUCAAAUGGUUCGCUUAAUUCAAAUAAAUUAAGAGUACAAUCAAAGGAUAUGUAGCUAAUUUAUGACAAUAUGCAAUAAGCCAUUUAAGAGAUUAGAAGCAGAAAAUUAUGUUAUUAAAUUAUUUGACAAUGCACUGCCAUACAAGUGAUAAACUAAAUAAGUCUUGGCCCUGAUUUGCAUUGUUAUUGUAUUGACAUGAAACCGAACAUGGACAGAAAAGAUCUCACAAAGUUAAUUAAAAUUUAUUCAUUUUAAUUAUAACAAAAAAAUAAAAAAAAAGCUUUGUUUGGCUAGACGAAGAUUAUAUAGCCUUGCAGUUAAUACCAUGUUUUAAUUAUAAAAAUAUCACAGUUUUAAUAAUGUUUACAUCUGAGUUUUCUAUGUUUUUCGGAUUGUUGCUAUUGCAGUUUUAUCUAUGUUAAAGUCGUCCAAUUUUUAUAAUAUUUAAAUCGUAUUUCUAAAAUUUUAAAAAGAAUGAAACUGAAAAAGAUGUAAAAUUUUUAAAUCUGAGUUUUCUAUGUUUUUCGGUUUGUUGCUAUUGCAGCUUUACCUAUUUAAUAGUUCUUUUUAUACAAUUUGAAUCGUAUUUCUAAAAUGUUAAAAAGAAUAAAACUGAAGAAGGUGUAUUAUAAUACUGUCAA